AUGUUUGAAGCAGUAGAACAAAUUGUACAACAAAAUAAAUCUAUUCCAUCCAGAUCAACUAUACCACACCCAACCAGUCACCGUCGUCGUCGUGAUCGUUCAACGGUGCCAAUUCAAACUGAAGUCGACGCCACAAUUGAUCAUCAAACAUCUGUAAAACCAUUAAGGCAAGGAAAGAAAGCAUUCGAAGAUCCAAUAGUCAAUACUGAUGUUGAUGUAUCACAAGAGUAUGACAAGAGCAGUUCUCCUUUAGUUAAUUCUUCGACACCGAAGAUGAAACAAAAGUCAAGUUCACAGCAACCAUUACCAACGAACUUAGAACAACUUCAAAACACUCUAAUUACAACAGCUGAACACGAUGUAAGACAAAGUCUGUUUAAUAAUAUUGGUACACUUGGGUCAACAACACUCAACUUCGAUACUAUUGAUCGAUUACAAGAUACGCUAGUACAAACAAUCGAAAAACGUGCCAAUCCAACAAAAGAAAACUCGAAUGAACUUAAUAAUUUAUUUGACGAUUUAAAAAGAACACUCGUUAAUGCAAUUAUUGAACAGCAACCAAUGUUAUUACAGGAUCUUAUUAAACAAUCGGUGGCGGAUGCUCUUAAAAAUCAACACAAGUCAAUGUUGAAUGUUACUACCACUACUAAUGGACAGGCAAAUCGUCAGAAGGCUAUUACUCUUGCCAACAGUCGUGAGAUUAAAAUUAGUGCUGAUACUAAGAAAACCUGUAUCGAUACUAAUUUUCGUCAACAACGUGACGCAGUUGUCGCUAAUAAACGAUUUCGUGAUCUCAUUCAACAAUGGUCAGCAAUUAGCUCAAUGAAGGAUCUUACAGAUACGAUUAAAAGACAUGGAACAAAUAAAUUAGAAUAUGCAUGGUUACUCUUCUGUUGGAUCGGUCACUAUAUUAAAUAUGCAUUGCAUUGUAAUAUUAAUGCUGCUGAGUCCGUUUUUCGUACAAGACAAGGAGUCUGCCGAGGUUUUGCUAGUCUCUAUCAUGAAUGUUGCUCAUUGUUAGGUAUUGACUGUUAUGAAAUUAGCGGUUAUGCUAAAAAUAAUUUGGUAAAAACAAACGAAGAACUCAACAAAUCACCUCACGCAUGGAAUAGCAUUGUAUUGGAUAAUUAUACUUAUUUAGUCGAUCCAACAUGGGGUGCAGGUGGUAGAGAUAAUGAGAAUAAACUCGAAGAUUUCUAUUUUCUUACAUCACCUGAAGAAUUUAUCUACACACACUAUUGUUCAGGAUAUCAAUUGCUUGCACCAGAAAUUAGCAGAGCAGAAUUUCUUAGUUUACCUAUUAUGCGAUCGAUUUAUUAUCAACUUGGUUUGAAUUUAUUAUCGCCCAAACAAGGUUUUAAUGAAAUAAGUGAAAAUUUAUUUAAAAUUUCUAUUCGAACACCAAAACAUGUUAAUAUGUUUGCUACAUUGAAAGUAGGUAAAGAUGAAUAUCCACGCAAUUUACAUACAUUUUGUCAACGAGAUGAAACUAAUCGUGACAUAUUUAAUUGUUAUAUUGCCCCGCCUGUAGAUGGUCUUUAUAAUAUAGAUAUAUUUGCAAAUACUAAUAAUGAACAGACAUAUCAAGGUGCUAUCAAUAUGCGUUUGCGUGUGUCAAAUAUAACUAAUGCAUUCACUUUCCCUAUGACAUAUUUAACUUUCAAAGUACAUAAUUGUAUACUAAUUGAACCUCUUCAGGGUGUCGUACAUAAAAAUGAAGAAAUAUUGAUUCAUAUGAUAAUACCUAAUGCCAAUGUAAUCAAAAUUCAGAAUGGUCAUGAUCAUAUUGUUCCAACUAAAGAUGAAUAUAAGAAGGGUCUGUUAAAGAAAAAAAUACGUGUUCAAGAUGAUAUUCAAGUUUGUGGACGAUGGGAUGAUAAUGCUGAUACAAUUUCAACUAUUUGUAUUUUUUAUAUGAUUUAA